AUGCUCGAAUGCUCGAUCGUUAUCUCACACCCAUGCACCCGUCAAAUAUCGAAAUUCUCAACCCCAAUAACAAUGCGGUUAUCAUGGCUAGUGUUUGCUGGGUCGGCCAUUGCAUCCUUAUGGCAAGACCAGGUUGUUCUCGGAACUGAAUCAGCCCCUCAACUCAAAUCUGAGACUGAAAGCUCUCUUCUUGAAUUCCACAAAAAUUUAAUUACAAUUCCUUCUGUCAGUGGAAACGAAUUGGCCGUAGCAAAGUAUCUUGGGUCAUAUUUAAAGUCGCUCAACUUGACUGUGGAAUACCAGAAAGUCACCAAAAACAGGUAUAAUGUGUAUGCGUACUUGGGAAACAAACGUAAUACCACUGUUUUACUCACCAGUCAUAUUGAUACGGUUCCUCCAUAUUUGCCAUACAAAGUUGAAGGAUCCAGGAUUUAUGGACGUGGGUCCACGGAUGCCAAGGCUUCGGUAGCAGUGCAAGUUUUUGCAUUUGCACAAAUGGCUGCAAAAAAAGUCAUUGGUGAAGGUGAUGUUGGGUUGCUUUAUGUUGUAGGUGAAGAAGUUGAUGGUCGAGGAAUGGAAACCGCUUCAAAGUCCCUUGGGGCCCAGUGGGAAGCUGCGAUAUUUGGUGAGCCCACAGAACUCAAAUUGGGUGUGGGACAUAAAGGUGCUUAUGUUGUGAAUGUUCUGGUGAAUGGAACCGCUGCUCAUUCCGGGUAUCCUGAACUUGGAGUUUCCGCUACCGAAACGUUGGUUCCAUUGUUGGCUCAAUUGCUCAAUGCCGAAUGGCCAACAUCCAAAUUGCUUGGUCCUUCAACCUUGAAUAUUGGCAAAAUUGAUGCUGGAGUUGCAGCCAAUGUGAUUCCCGCCCAUGCCGAAGCACAAUGUUUUGUCCGAGUUGCUGCCGAUUUGGACGCCGUGGACAAAACCAUGACUUCUAUUCUCAGCGGCCACAAGAACGUAAAAUACGACGUUUUGACAAAAGUAGAACCACAAUACUUGGAUUACCAGGUGCCUGGAUUCGACUCCAUUGUUCUUGCUUAUGCCACCGAUAUCCCACAUAUGCAUCUACAACUACAAAAACGGUACCUCUACGGACCAGGAACCAUCCACGUGGCCCACGGAGCCAACGAGUACGUGGAAAUCCAGGAUUUAUACGACGGUGUUGACGGCUACACCAGGUUGAUUAGACACUGUCUCGAGUAA